GCAUUUCCUCUGUUACAUUUAUACUUCUGGAGAAUUCGUCUUCUUCAUAUGGAUACUUUUCUCUCGUUCCCAUCCAAUUCGUUUCUCCCGCAGAUUCGAGGUACCGGAACCUGCACUGUUUUCCUUCUUCAUUUUCAGUAAUUCUAUUUCGUUUUUCCGAAAUUAGUUGAAAUUUAGCUUAGUCACGAACACAGUGUUCUGCUGAUAAGGUCAUCUGGUGUUACGUAAUUCACAUGACAUGACAGUUUCAAUCUUUCAGAUCUAAAUUAUUGACAUGAAAUGUGAUUGAAUUUUACAUAGAGUUUCAUAUGUGAUCUGUUGAAAAGAUCAUAGGAAAGAAGAAGAUUAGUUACUAAAUGAGAAUAAGAUUACUAAACGAGACUAAUGGAAAUUACUGUUGCCAAUCUCAUACUGCAAUGUGGAAGCAAUUGUCAGUUCCCAUUCUAUAAAAGCUCUGAGGUGAUAACUACUAUUAGUUUAUUUGUAAUCUGUACCUAGAGUCGAAGGCUGUAACAUGAAAUUGGAAAAAAAAAAAAAAUUGCACGUGGAGCAAAUUGUUCAAGUUCUUUGACUAACACAUGAUGUAUCUAUUUGCUGCCAAAAGCUAGAAAAUCAGUUUAGCCUUUCUGGUUACCAUUAUGCAUGUGUUAGUAAAUCUACCUGCUGCAGAUGAUCACUUAUCCCAAUGUAACAAACUUACCGAAUUCUAGCUUUAGAAGCAAUUGCCUGAAUCAUGCUCUUGCUCAGUUCAAUGUUUUAUAUGUGAGCAUUGCUUACAAGCAUAAAUGCCUCUUCUUUUUGUACACUGUUUUUGGUGUGGAUCUAUCAGAGGUUCACAUUCAUGUAAGGCAUAUCCCUAUCAAGGAGAUCCCAACAUCUGAGGAUGAGAAUACUUCUUUGUUAAUCUAUGCGUUCAAGCUCAAGAAAAAGUUACCUUCAGAUUUCAAAUUGCAGGACCAUAUUCCUAAGCAAGAACUGAAGGAGAGCUUUAUACUUUGAAGUGCUUCUUGAAUUUUACAAUGGCAAUUUUCCUGGCAGCCAUAUUUUUGUAUCUGACCCAUUCAUUCAACUUGUUUAGGACUCAUGUUGUUUUAGCUUGUCUAUGUCUUGCUUAUGUUACUUAUUACAACAUACCUCCAGUGUCACUUCAAGGUGUUGAUGAAGCGCUGUCCCAGCACAAGGAAAUGAAAAGAAAAUAAUUUCUCAUUUCAAGUUAUUGAAACUGUAGGUAACAAUAAAAGUUUGACUCCGAACUGGGAUGAGGGGUAUAUCUAUGACAUGAUUUUGAGAAGAUCUUCUGCAUGGUUAAAACGAUGAAUGGCACCUUGACCUGAGUCAUUAGUAUUCUCAAGCACUCAUACCUUCUUUCGUGAAAGUCAUUUGGAGCCAAGAACUCAUUUUACAAUCCAGAGAAGUUGUAAGGAUCUAGAAAUCAAGUGCCAAGCUCACAGGUUCAGUGACUCAAUGUGUGCAUACUCACAACAGUUUCAGUUCAUACAGAUGCAUGCUUGCCAUAAGAUUGGGUAAACUGAGAGAACAAAUCACAUUAACAUGUUGUCAUCAGGUGAAACUAAACAGUUGUUCUUGCUCCAUAUUUACUUGAAAUGCGUAUGCAACCAGACAUUGCUGUUCUAGCUUUCUUUUUUUUGGGUUUGGAGCUUUCUUUUUAAAUGAAUGAUGCAAUGAUAUAUUCCGAAGAAAAUGGACUAUUUCCAAAAAAAAGUAGAGAAAUGGAGUUUCAUAUGUUUCAUUAUAUGUGAUACUGCAAAAAGGGCACGAGCAACAUAUUUUGGCAAUUUGGAUAAAAAGCCAGGCGAUAUUGUCAAGAAAUACUGCAACCUGAUAGAGAAAAUGAUAAGAUGAUGAUCGUCAUGGAUGUCACCUCAAAGACAACUAGUGGUCUGUAACAUCAGUUGCAGUGAUCAGGUUUGGAUAGAAAGAAACAUCUGGCUAGAAUGGUAGAUUCUUGCCGUCCUUGAUUUACAUGUGUUAGGUUUCAUUGCUUGCGUAGAUAAUAACUUUUGCACUUGGAUAAUCAGCAUUCACCCUAACCCCAACAAUUUCCUCCCUCCACAAAGCUCAACCGCCUCCAUAUUCCUUCUUCUCUCACAUACAGUACUAAUGGCGAUUGGCUUCGAACCCCUUCUCGUUUUUCUUCUCUUCUCUUACAAAUUAACUUAAAUAUGCUCUAAAUUAAAUUGAAGCUUUGCUUCAUCAACCAGGAUUGAUAUUUUUGGUUAUAAGUUUUUAAAUGAUUAGUUUAAUUACUAUGGUUGGUUGGUUUGGUGAGACAAUAAAUGAUACCAGCAAGU